GUGGCAAGACAACUAAUGAAACGAGAGAAGCUUUGUAAUGUAGAGGAAUGCUCACCCGGCUAUGGAACAUACUGCCGCCGUGGUUUUGUUUUCUCUUCUUUGGCUGGUUAUGUGACUAAAACAAGUGACAAUGGUGGUAUCCCUGUUGUAUCUGUCGUAACAGAAGCUGAUGCACAGCUCCUACCAGGUGUGGGUGCUAUUGUGACUUGUAAGGUGACUAGUAUUAACCCUAGGUUUGCUAAAGUUCGAAUUUUAUACAUUGGAUCAACUCCACUUAAGAAUGCAUUUAAAGGGACAAUAAGGAAGGAAGACAUAAGAGCCACUGAGAAAGAUAAGGUGGAGGUUUAUAAAUGUUUCAGACCAGGUGACAUUGUUCAAGCAAGAGUUAUUUCACUGGGAGAUGCAUUCUCGAACUAUCUUUUAACUACUGCAGAAAAUGAGCUAGGAGUUGUAGUAGCACACAGUGAAGCUGGUACUCAGAUGGUCCCAAUCAGCUGGUGUGAGAUGCAGUGCCCAAAAACACAUUGCAAAGAGUUCAGAAAGGUUGCACGUGUCCAGCCUGAAUAUCUCCAGACAUAGCCAUCCAGAUAUACGUUGAUAUAAAUGGACUUCUAACUUUUAAAUGCAGAAGAAAUCUCUAGAGUUUAGUGCUUGUUUGAAAUUCCAUGUUGAUAUUUUGCAAGUCUGCUAAGCUUUCAACUGUUCUCAGGUCAGCAUUGAAGUAUAUGUCUGGGAGGUUAGAAAGAAGAUUGGGUCAGCUGUUUUAUAGUAACAGUCUGUCAUAAUCUGUAGCAGAGUAAUGAUCUGACUGCAUUAAGUUUUAAAACAAAAAUUUUAUUUAAGCGAGCAGAUAACUACAACGAUUAAAUAUCUGCAAUUGA